AUGAAUCGUCUGCUUCUCUUUACUUUUAUAUUCUUAACCCUUUCCUUUAUUACUACAUCUUCUCAAGAAGAAGUACCUUACAAUCUAAUCUAUUCUCUUCCGCCCGAAAUCAAGAAAGUUGGUGACGAUAAAUUGAUUGUACAGGUUAAAUGGGAAGGAGUAAAUAUAAAGGAUGAUGAGCCGGUUACAAAAAGGUUUAGGUGCUUUUCUAAAGCCGUGGCUGUUAAAGAACCUCAUCAGAAGAACGGUACAUUUGGUGAACGUAACACUAAAUUCGAACUAACCGUUAAGAAAAAAAAUGUCGACGUGAAAUGUCAGUAUGGA